GAAAUUUUUUCUUCUUUUGAUGGUAAAUAUACUAAACAAAAAUAAGCUGUUAUAAGCGCUUGAAGCGUGAACUACUAACAUCUAAACUUCACAAGUUACCAUGGCAACCCACCACCGUAAUGUUUUCGAAUCUAAUGUUUUGAGUUUUGAAUGCUUGCUACAUUUGAAAAGGAUGAGUUCAGAUAAUUCGGAAUUACCUUUUUAUAUUCGCACAAUGGAUCAUAAACGAUGUUCUCAAAUAAUCAAAGAAACAAAAGCCGAAAUUAAAAAGAUGGAAUCAUUACGACCUUCUACUCCAUUCGGUAAAAGGCUUUUUCAAAAUCAUGAACAAUUUGGUCUGCAAAGUACUUCAAGACCUUCCAGCUCUACAAGCAUUAAAUCUUUGAGAUAUGAGCAAGAAGAGAAACAUAAAAUACUGAAUCCAAUUUCAUCAUUUGAAAAAUCCAAAAAGAGUCUCACAAAACAGGAUGUAAAACUUGAACCUAUCAUUACGAAACCUGUUCUUUGUUUUCGGAGGUCUUCAAGCUCUUCUUUGAAGAACAAAAAUGACAUAGAGUUUUCCAGAUUUCCCCCUUUAAGUACCCAAGAACAGAAUAAUAGACUUUCUUCCAAAGAUUCUACUGAAGAAUCUAGAAGGCAUUCAAAAGAUUCUCUAUCUGGUGAAGAGAAGUUCAUUCCAGUCAACCAAAAUCUAAACUAUUCCAGCGAGAGCUUAGAUCAUUCUUCUUUAAAUGAGCCAUAUUUUUCAGAGCUAGUGAGCUCUUCUGGGGAAUUGUCUAAAGAUAAUGAAAAUGAAGAAUUAGAAGAACUUUCGCAGAAUCUUUCCUUUCUUUUCCCAUCAUUAGAAAUGUGCAUUAAGCAAGGUAAUAAGAAGCAAAUAGAAGAAAAGAUAAUGGUUAUCAAAGAAAUAUACAUGCACUUGGAAAGAAAUAAUGCUUUUAUAAAAGAAUUUAGCAACAGGACACAUUUAUUAAAACUAUUAUUUAAACUCUUAAAUUCUAAUGUCCCUGAUUUAAGUAUAAAAGUUAUUGGCAUUUUAUUAAAGAUGAAAAUGAAAGAUAACAAUUUGACAAAUCUCUUCAGAUUAGCAUUUAAACUAAUGAAAGAAGAUUGUUGGUCAAAGUAUGAUGAUGGCCAAGUAAUUGACAUAAUCCUUGAAAGUAUGAAUGAUAUAUCCAUCGCAACUGACAAAGGAGCAACUAUAUAUUGUUUAAAAAUUUUGAAACAAAUAAUAUGUUCAGAGGACUUGAACUGUGAACUGGUUGAAAAGUGCAUAAUUGUUAUAUGCCAUCAUUUAAAAGAAAUCAAUCAUUAUUUCUGUAUGGCAAAUGAAUGGGAUUAUAACCAUAAUCAAAUCAUCAUUCAGUUCUUGAUGCUUCUACAUUGUUCAGCUGGUAAUGAGAAAACUAGAGGAAUAUUAAUUCAGUGUGAUUCUCUGCAUCAGGUAUUGAAAACACUUCACAGUUUUUAUGAACAUGCUGACAUAGUUCAAAUAGCAGUAAGAUUUAUCAGCAAAUUUUUAGAUACUGAAGGUUGCAAAGUUUUAACAGAUUUAAGUGAUGCAGAUUUAUUACUAAAUUUUUUAUAUGUUCUUGAACUUCACAAGUAUUACAUUGACAUUGCAUUGCAAGUGACUUUUAUUAUUGGGAAUUUGGUGUCUGCAAAUGAUAAAACAGCAUUUAUCUUCCUAAAGUCACCUAAUUUUAUAAACAUCAUGGUUGAAGUUUUAGAUGUCUAUGUUAAUGAGCAUAUUCAAUUCAAAGAAAAUGUAUCUGAAUGUUUUAGAAAUUCUAAUUCUAGUGGGGACAGUAACUGGACAAAUGAAAUUUUUGAAGUUAUUUUAAAGGUGUUAUGUGUUUGGGCUAAUAUUUGCCUGAGUCUAGAAGUUGGUACUUACUUGGCAUCUGAAGAACUUUUAAUUUCACAUUUACUAUCAGUUAUUGGAGCCUACACAGAAAAAGCCUCUGUAUAUGACACAAAUUUUGCUUUAUAUUCAUUCCUUGUUGUGAUUGGCAACAUUGCUUACUACUUACCUAGUUCGUCAGACAUCUGCACUUCAAUUGCUGAGUAUGUAAUAACACUUCUUGAUCCUUCUUUUUCUCACGAAGUUCAAUUAGAAUCUGCCAACAUUAUUCGAAAUCUAACAAGACACCAAGAAGUACGCAAGUUUAUUCAAGACAAUUCACUAUUUCCUGAAUUCAUGAAACUACUCAAUGCAAGUGAUAAAGAAUUUAAAACAGCUGCUUAUGGAAUUAUUAUGAACCUUUUAAUUGAUCAAAGCACACAUCAAAUGUUUUAUCAAGAACAAGGUAUAACCAGGGUCUUGCAUAAAUUGCAUUUGUGCACAGAACGUGAUUGGAAAACCUCAUCUUUGAUGUGCCAAAUACUCUGGAACUAUUGCAAUGGUUGUAAUUCUGUUGGACAAUAUAUUUCUAAAUUGGAGGUGCAACAUUUAAUUAAGUUCCUGUCAUAUUCAAUUUAUAAGGUGAGUGAAACUAUAGAAAAAGAGGGAACCAGUUAUUCAGACUGGAAAGAUGAGUUUUGCCCAGUUGCACAAAAGCUGUUACAUCUUUUAGAAACUCGAUUUAUAAUUUGAUUUUUUUUUCUUUGUAAAAUUUCUACUUUUUAUAACCUAGUCAUUUUGUACUAACAGAAAUGUGAUGCAUUUUAAAAAAAGUUUGUUUAUAUGAUUUUAAAUGGAGGAUUUAACCAUGAGCAUUUGUAA